GCGAAAUCAAAAGCGAAGCCAACAGCCACCAAAGCUCAAGGAUGGACCGUGGGCUACAGUGCAGGUCUGGUGACAGAGCCGUCUCCCGGGAUGGUGUCCUAUCAACACCUCAUCGACAUGCGCAACCGGUUUCAGACAACCCUGGACCACAUGGCCUUGGAGAUCCAAGAGCUUCGACAACAACGUCAACAGGGCACGCAGGUGGACCUCUCCAGUUUGGCGAAGACGGUGUCAAGCAGCUCCGGCUCCGGAGGAGAGAUGGAAGUGACGCCGGAACUUCUUCAAGAUGCCGCCUGGUCCCUGGAGGGAGCAUUCGAGCAGCAGUUGGCUGCUCACUACGGGGAGGAGAACGUGAUGUUCCUGACACCGGAGGAGAGGGCUCAGGAACCCAAGCGGAUUCGCCAUGUCCUUGAGGCGGAGUUCUUCAAGGAGAUGGAGGCCCACAUGAAUGAUGAGACCUUCUUCCAAGUGAUUGAUUUGAUGCCCACGUUCCAUGAGUCCCUUGUGAAUGAGAAGACGAAUGGCUCUGAUCCCCGUCCUUUUCUGGCUGAGGUCUACACGACAGCACAACAUGUGUCCAAAGUCGCCCGCGACCGUGGUCAUGCCGUUGGACCUGCUUUGAGCCUGGAGACGGGGUGGAACUUUCUUUUGGCUAGCCAUCGAGAGCGAGCCAAGAAACAGCUGGCACAAGACAAACCUUUUUGCCUGGUCUUAGCCUUCCCAUGUGGCCCUUUUAGCCCUUUGCAACAUCUCAAUACCAAAGGAAAGCUAUCCUGGCCUCGACGUCUGGAGGAAGGGCGAGUCUUGAUGCGAUUUGCUUUGGAGUUGGCUGACAUGCAGCUCAAGGCGGGUCGGCACUGCAUCAUUGAGAACCCCAAGCCCUCUGCAGCAUGGCGGGAGCCGGAGAUGAGAAAGUUUUUGGAGGAGAAGAAUGUUCAUAUGGCUGUGUUUGAUCAGUGCCGUUUUGGCCUCAAAAGUGUGGAAGGCAUCCCUCAACGGAAGUCAACUUUGGUGGCAAGUUCCAGUUCGAAGGUGAUUGACAUGUUGAAUGGAAUGGUUUGCAAGCGUGACCAUGCCCACUCUCCUGUCAUCGGUGGCUCCCGGGUAACAGCUCGUGCGGGCAUCUACCCUAUGGGCCUUGCAAAGGCCAUGGUGCGGGGAGUUGAAGCUCAGUUCGAACAGGACUUUGGCCAUGAAGCGCUGGCUGCUGAGGAUGUGGAGGAAGAAGUCGAUCGUCCUGAUGGUGCGCUCGGCUAUGGAGAAGAUUCUGACGAUGAUGAGAUGAAGAUUUCUCCAGAAGAGGCCAAGAUGAACAUUCCGGCAAGCGUGAAGCUGGCCAUCAAGAGGUUGCAUGAGAACACAGGGCAUCGCAGUGGGCGAAGACUUGCUCGCGCUCUGGCUAUAGCAGGGGCACCUCCGGAAGCAGUUGUUGCAGCCAAACGACAUCGAUGUGCCGUUUGUGAGGAGAAGGCUCCACCCAAAGCUCGGCGACCUGCCAGUCUCCCUCGUCCAAAAGACAUUGGUGACCAAGUGCAUGUGGAUUUGCUGGAGGUCGAGGAUUGCCAGGAGCAGAAAUACUAUGUCUGUCACUGCACGGACGCGGCAACUCGCUUUCAAGUGGCAGAAGUGCUGCCGAACAAAUCUACGGCAGCAGUGAUUGAGUUCCUGAGCAAAAGAUGGGCUGCACCAACUCCAGGUUCCAUAUGCUACUUUUACCGCCCUCUCCGGUACAACAACAAGAUGUCUCAGAGCCGGAAGAAGCUCACCUUAAAGAGAUGGCAUGGACCUGCGAUGAUGGUGGCGAUGGAUGGGCACGCCUCCGUGUUCCUCUCCUACAAGGGACAACUCACAAAGUGUGCUCUUGAGCAUGUCCGCCUGGCUUCCACUAUGGAGCAAAUAGCUUCCGGUGCUUGGUCGGAAGCGAUCAAGGAGGCGGUGGAUGCGGCUCGACAUGAGCAAGCCCUGAGGAAUCCUCAGAGUGAUGGCAAUCAAGGGUGGCAAGCACCUCAGCAGCCGGUCCUACCAGAGACCCCUGUGGCAGCUGGAAAUCCUUCGACACCCGCAUUUCUCCCUCCGUCCAAUGCGACAAUGAAUGCCGAUGAGAACCAGUUGGAAGGCAGAGAUCUACCUCCCGUACAACCUCAAGAGCUUUGGCAGAUGAUGGUUCCCUCCAAUGCUCUCGCUUCUUCUCAGGUAGACUCCUCAUUGCCGUCGCGACGGGCUAGCGAUUUUUCAGAUACGCCCUUUCCUCAGGCCACCAGACUGGCUAUGGGAAGACGACCUUCAGGACUGCCUUUGGCCUCAGUUCGUGAGAGGGUCCGAGAAAUUGAAGGAAGCCUCAAACGUCCAGCUGAGCUGGAUGCGGAAGCUCUUCGUGAACAAGGCCAUGAACAAGGAACUCCUCGAGCAGAGGCUAGCAGUUCAACGCCUGCAGAAGUGACGGAAGAGACCCUGGUGACUGAAGCCGUUGAUGUCAUCAAGGCGGAGCUGAAGAAGGAAAAUCUCCACCCAUUGAGACGAGCUUUCCUGCAGGCUGAACUGGACAAGCAGUCUCCACUAAAUGCUGAAGUACCAGAUCAUGGCACCUGGCAUGGAAAAUGGUCCCUGCCGUCAAGAUCGGAGUGGUUGGCCCAUCAGAAACUGGGUCUGAGCUGGCCCAAUGGAAGUCAGCCCGAUCAUGAAGUCCAAGCAGUGCAAGCAAAUCGCAAGGAGUUUCGAUGGAGGACUAUGUCCAGUGAGGAGAAGAAGGCAUUUGCUGAAGCUGCAGAGCAAGCAUGGUCAGUAUGGGAGGAAAAUGCUGCAAUCGAAGUUUUGACGCAAGAAGAAUCAGAGCGUGUGAGAAGGCGGCUCUUGGCGAACAAAGAAGACGCCUAUGUGGAUGGCCAGCGGGAGCUCUUUCUGGAGAAUGUGAAGGGUGAGGAGCCCAAGUUGCCUUUUGGGAGCUGCUUGGCAAAGAUCCGCAAGGGAGUGUUUGGACUCUCAGAUGCGCCCCGCCAAUGGUACUUGCGCCUCAACAAGUCCUUGCAAGCAGCUGGAUGGGAGAGGACGGUUUUCGACUUCGCAUGCUGGCUCAAAUGGUCUGAUGACCGCAAGAAGCUUCGUGGCAUCAUCAUCUCCCACGUGGAUGACUUGUUGCUGGGCGGUGACUCUACCGCGCAGGAGAGCCUGUUGACCAUUGGAAAGGAGCUGGGCUUCGGAAGUGUAGAAUAUGAUGAUUUUGUUUACUGCGGGAAGAGAAUCCAGAUGAAGCCUGAUGGCGCCAUAUCGGUGAGCGUGAAGGCCUACCACGACAACCUCUCGCCCGUGGAGAUCCCUCUGAGCAGGAGAAAGACACCCGAAGCUGAGCUCAGUGAAAGUGAGCGCCGACAACUCCGAGCCGUUUUAGGUUCCCUUCAGUGGCUCGUCGCUCAGGUCCGAUUCGAUCAGGGCUAUAGUCUCAGCACCCUACAAGGUGAGAAGCCAGUGAUUGGGACGCUGCAAAAAGCCAACCAGUUGGUGAAGGAGUUCAAAAGACGUCCCGAUUUUUCCUUGGUGUUUCAAGCUUUGGAUUUGUCAAAAGCGGGCAUCAUGGUGGUCUCUGACUCCUCCCUGGGAAACGUGCUUCGAGAAGGAGGCUGUGAAGGCGAUGUGCUUGAAAAACUCUAUAGCCAAUCGGCUUACUUUGUGAUCAUUGGUGACCACAACCUCAUGAACGGCCGUGAAGGGUGCUUCAAUGUUGUGGAUGCUCGAUCACACCGGCUUCCAAGAGUAUGCAGAUCGACCUAUGGAGCUGAGCUCAUGGGAGUUGAGGAGGGCAUGGACAUGGGAAUCUUUUGCCGGGGUGGCCUAGCAACCUUCCUUGGUCUCCCUACUGGCCGACGGGAUUCUCUCAAAGUGAUGGAGGAAAUCCCCAUGGUUUCCAUCACGGAUGCCAAGGACACCUACGACCGCGGUAACUCCGACUGCCCGACCUAUGGUGCUCAGAAGUCCAUGGCUUUUGCCGUAGCUUGGGUGAGACAGACCCUCAAUGGCUACAACAGCAGCCUGAAGUGGACGGCGACUGCCAACAUGUGGGUGGAUGCUGGGACGAAGGCUAUGCCGCUAGACCACAUGCAGGAGAUCCUGGCAAAAGGCAAGUGGAGCUACGUCUACCACCAGGACUAUGUCAAGCAGAACCCAAAGAAGAAAACGCCAGAGAAGAUCGGCAUGACUGCUGAGCUGCCAGGUGAGCCGUUAGAUGAGCGUUCCCAAAUGUUUCAAUUUGUUUUGAAGCUGAGUGGUCAACCCGGCUGGCACGAGAGGCCUGACAUGGCGGUGCACGUGGCCUACGAAGCCAAAUCUUUCAGGGUGCCAGAUGGCCGUUUUGGGGCCAACAAGUAUCCAGUGCGGUCCACCUUCGGGAAAUUUGAUCUGGAGGAUGGCCGAAGUGUGUGGAGGCAACUUGAACACGGUGAGAAUCUCACCGAAUUGGCGAAUCGCCAGAAGCUGUUGCCUAG